AAUCACCAACACCGCCCCGUCAACACACCUGGCCAAUACAAUUCGACCCGCGAGUUCCUGAGACAUCAAAGGAAACUUUAUUGAGUUUGCUUUGGUUUGUCGACUCCUCCGUAAUCACCUUGCCAACUCGAUUCUCCGACCAUCACCACGCCAAUAUACCCGAAAUACAACUUACUCCGUUUUAAAAAUUCGCUCGAGUCUUUAUGCUCUCAAUUUAGCUGGGUCUUGACACUGGCCGCCGUGCGGCAAAGACAGAAUGGCGGCUGCAACUUCACCUGGAAGAAUGUCGUUCAAUGCACUGGACUUGGAGAAUGGGCCUUUCCGCACCACGGCCAUAGAUAAUGUUUCACAGCCUCCUCAAUCACCUCGACUCGACAGUCCCGGACCUCUGCCACUCCCCAGCUUCGUUUUCCCUGCGAGAGCACCGUCUCCAACCUCGACCUCCUCAAGAUCUGCGCCCUCUUCGUACUCUCGGGCCUCAGGUCGACGACCUUUGAGUGCUAUCGAGAUCCGGAACCACUCGAAGGAGCGAACUGGCGAUGGCGAGAGACUCCCUGAGUUCUCCUUUGGGUCAUCAUCAUCGUCGACGGUGUCCCCAUCCUUGGUGUCGCCAAAGACAAUCCCAGCGAGACCAAGCAGUAUGCACCAGAGAAACGUAUCGGAAUUCAUUGGUGGCGACGGAAAGACAGGCGCUGGAGCUGGAUUGAUAUCAUCGAGUCCUACAAAGUCCGAAGGAGCUCUUCCACCCCCAGCUGCUGCCUUUGGACCCCCUGGGGGCCGCCGAGGACAUGCUCACAGGAGAUCUGCAGCUAUCAGCGUGAGCGACUUGACCUUUAUUCUAAAACCUAAUCCAAAUCUUAAUCGUGGUGGGAGUGCACCAACAUCGCCUUCAGCAAUGCACGAACAGCAUCCGGUUGUCGCUGCAUCUCUUGACGCAGCUUUGCAAACAGCCAGGUCAAUGUCGGAUUUGGCCGACCCGGAACCCAGUCCUAAGGCCUUCAAGAACACUCGAGUUGGAUUUUCCGAUGAAGUUUCGAUCAUCCCUAGACCCUUAUCGAUGGUUUCUAGUGACUCUUCAAGCACAGUACGCCCUGGACAUUCUGUUUCGAAUUCUAUGUCCUCGAUUGUCUCAGCUGGCACUUCUUCCCCAUCCUCGAAGGAGAAGCGUAGCAUGCCAUCUACUUAUAGAACCAUGGAUACUCGACCCCGUACCGCAGAGCCUAUUCUGGAUAGAGAUCAAUUGGGAGGUCCUGAAAAUACACCAAGGAGACGCGGCUCGUUACCGCUUCUCAACGAUGUUGCGGCUGGAUCGACACCCUCAACUCCAAGAUCAGCAAAGAAAUGGUCAUUUUUUGGUCACGAGAGUCACUCUGGUGAAUCAUCUCCAAAAUCUCGUCCUACCAGUGCUGCAUCAUCCGCAAAAGAAUCCAAAAAGGCUGAAACGGCUCCAUCAUCUCCUGAUCUGGUUACCCCGGAUCUUCUGAUCCAAUCAACAGAGCCAAGUUCGAGGAGAUCUUCCAUAUCCAGGAAGCCAAGUAAGAACAAGAAGAAGGUCCGGAUGUGGGCGGGUUCGAUCUUGUCACGCAAGUCACGUCACCGCAAGCCAAAGUUAUCACGCCGAUCGCCAACUCCACCCCUCCGAGCCUACGCCCCUGCAGACCAAACGAAUGACUUCAAUCUGGUUGAUUCUGAACAGCCAGUACUCAUAAGACCCGAAGCUCCAACAGAUUUCACGAACUGGAAGCCACGCAGACUACCACCACAGGAGGAGUCCAUGAGUCCCAUAAUUGACCUGGAUGCAGCACUCGGACCAUUCAAUACUCCAUCCAGUUUUGGAGAUGAUUGGGACAUGUCACAGCAGAGCGGCAAGCGGAAACGGGCCAUGCACAGUGCGGCAGGCUUAGGUGGAUUCACGGGACCAGGAAUGCAUUACCACAGACGAGCUGAGAGUGCACCGGAGUUCGAGAAUCCUCGAUUUGGCCUCCACCGGCUAGGUAGUAAUUCAACAAUGGGAAUGGAGGACGUUUUCGAGGAGGAUGAAGACGAAGAAUGGGAGGAUGCAAAGGCUUCUGACAAGGAGACUAGCAGCAAAGCUGGCGAUCCAGAAGAUGAUGAGGAAUCUGGCCUUGGAAUCGAUAUCAAAGUCGUGGAUUCGGAUGGUAUGGAUUCAGACAACCCUAUGGACUUUGACGAUGCUGCAUUCCAACGAGGACUGAAGCGAAAGGGAUCUGGUUUGAGUGAAGGGGACCGUCGGCAUAUGAGUUCGACAAAGUCAGCACAUUCAACAACUUCUCUCGUCGAUGAACCAAUCGAGGAAGAGGAAUCCAGUCCUGUCGAAAUUGUCGACGACUCUUUCCCGCCACGACCCGAUUCGAGAGCCCAGUCUUCAGAUUCAACUGCAACGCCGCCUUUCCGACCAAACCCAGCUAAGGAUCUUACCCCCGUUGAUAUCCAGCCCUUUUCUCUACAGCCUCCAUUCCUCACUCCGACCAGCCCUCGUUCCGCCUCACAAUCAUCCUUCCCCUCCCCACGGUCACCCUUCUCGUAUGACACGCAACGUAUAUCAACAGCUCCAUCGUCUGUUACGGACGAAAACGCGUUCCAAUCGUUAUUGAUGGGAGAGCCAGGGCCCGAACUUAGAAUGUCUGUUGACGACGUACCUUCUCUGACCAGCAGUAAUUCGACCAUGACAAGAGACAAUUCUGGUAACCAUCCUCAAUUCCGGGACGGCCAGAGAUCUGCGUCACUUUCUUCUGCGGCAGUCACCCGGAAACGGUCAAGCAUGGCUAGUUUGUCACGACUUAUCAGCAGCUCACACGGAGAGAAGAGCAAGCUGUCAAUCGAAUCUCGUGCUCCUAGCGUCAGUGAUGUGGAGAGGAAGGAGAAGAGCAGCAAGGCAAAGCGCAUCAGCCGCCUCAUGCAAUUCUGGAAGCCAAAGGAGUCGUCUCCUUCGACACAAUGAGUUGCGCACGCUCAUCUCACCACUCUCCCGUUGUCUUGAUCGACCCUCAAUGACGAGCGCAUUGCUCUACGCCAUCUUGAUGUAUAGAUGAUAAAGAAACGGAUUUUCAUGUGCAUAUUUUCUUUUUAGGGUUGCUUGAGCUAAGUAUCAAGCUCUCCCGAAUUUUCCUUUUUCAUACUUUGUUACUGCACUUUCAGCGGGCGAAAUCUCUAGCAUAUGCAUAAAUUGCGACGAAACUCAUCUCUCGAGCUCUCUCUCGGCAUACAAAUUGAUUCAGUCCGUGUCGUUUUGAGCUUUUUCUGAAACUUGGAAAGAAACGAAGCUUGAUUCUUUCUACAUUGGGGACGGAUGGUGGAUCUCGAGAGGACUAAUUGCGCUGCUUUUAAUGAUAGGAUGGAUGGAUUUUAUAUUUCUGCUGCGUGGCAUGGAGACGGUGAAUAGUGGUCCAUUUUCUCCUUGAUAACGGCGCUUUUUGUUGUUUGCUUGACAUGGCUGGCAUAUACUGCUCUGACUCUCCUCUAAUGGGGCGAUGAUGAUUAGAGUGGGGAAUGACGGGCAGUUUUUCGAUUCUGGUUUUAUGGGAUGAAUGGAGCAAGAAAGAAAGAAAGAAAGAAAGAAAUCAGACGAUCGAUAGUGGUAUAUGGGAUGGAAUUUGGUGGAUGGAUGGUUGGACGGAUAGAUAUAAGACAUCGACUUGAAUGGCCUGUCUGGCUUGCUGGCUGGUUGCGAAACGUCCUCUUUUCUCGACGCCCGUUGAUCUGGCUUGCUUGUUUUUGGUAUUGGAUGGAAGCUUGCUAGCAAGAUACAGGUCUUAGAAUGGAUAAUGUGGAUAGUGGCAUAUCGGAGAGGAGCAGAACACCUGAGAGGAGACAAGAUGAAACAGAUCAAGCAUAAAGCUCGCACAGAAGUGCUGAGGCGAACCAUAAUGAAUAUAUAUUAGAAUAUGAC